GUCUCAAAAAAAGAGUUUCUCAUAAUGAAUUGAUGAUCUUAAAAUUUAUUUCACUUGUAUAGGAUUUCUCUUAUUUCUCCAAGUUGAACUGGACACACCAUUAAAGAGCAAUUAGACUUGUAGUGACUAGAGUAAAAAUAUAGAUCAAAAUCUACAUGUUCAAGGUGCUGUUAAGCUUAUAAGGAAGUGAUUGUGGAUAAAGACUUAAAGUUCUGAAAACCAAGUUGAGUGGAGACCACAGAAUUAUACAUGAACCUGUAAAUUGAAUAUAUAUCUCUAGUGCUGUCAGUCUCACCCAUUGUCCUGUACAUGUGGGAUGUUUUAGGACUCCGUAGCUUUUGAGGAUGUGUCUGUGAACUUCACCCAGGAAGAGUGGGCUUUGCUGGAUCCUUCACAGAAGAAACUCUACAAAGAUGUGAUGCGGGAAACAUUCAAGAACCUGGCCUCUAUAGGGAAAAAAUGGGAAGACCAGAACACUGAAGAUCAGUACAAAAAUCAGGAGAGAAAUCUAAGAAGCCAUAUGAUUGAGAGACUCUGUGAAAGUAAAGAAGGUGAUCAGUGUGGAGAAACCUUCAGUCCAAAUCUCACUUUGGCAAAGCAGACUACUGAAGUAAAACCAUAUGAAUGUAGUGUGUGUGGAAAAGCAUUCAUGCGUCGUUCAUCCCUUACAAGACAUGUGAGGUCUCACACUGGACUCAAACUAGAUGAGAAGCCAUAUAAAUGUAAGGAAUGUGGGAAAGCCUUUAGUUAUCUCAAAUCUUUUCAAAGACAUGAAAAGUCUCACACUGGAGAAAAACCUUAUAGAUGUAAACAAUGUGGAAAAACCUUCAUAUAUCACCAACCCUUUCAAACACAUGUACGGACUCACACUGGAGAGAAACCCUAUCAAUGUAAGCAAUGUGGCAAAGCUCUCAGUUGUCCCAGUUCUCUUCGAAUUCAUGAAAGAAUUCACACUGGAGAAAAGCCCUAUGAAUGUAAGAAAUGUGGGAAAGCAUUCAGUUGUCCCAGUUCUAUUCGAAUACAUGAAAGAACUCACACUGGAGAGAAACCCUAUGAAUGUAAGGAAUGUGGCAAAGCCUUCAUUUCCCACACAAGUGUUCAAACACACAUGAUAACACACAAUGGAGAUAGACCUUAUAAAUGUAAGGAAUGUGGGAAGGCAUUCAUUUUUCCCAGUUUUUUACGAGUACAUGAAAGAAUUCACACUGGAGAGAAACCCUACAAAUGUAAACAAUGUGGUAAAGCCUUCAGAUGUUCCACUUCCGUUCAGAUUCAUGAAAGAACGCAUACAGGAGAGAAACCUUAUAAAUGUAAGGAAUGUGGGAAAUGCUUCAGUGCUCGUCCAGCCUUUCGAGUACACCUGAGAGUGCAUACUGGAGAGAAACCCUAUCAAUGUAAAGAAUGUGGGAAAGCCUUUAGUCGUACCAGUUACUUUCGAAUACAUGAAAGGACUCACACUGGAGAAAAACCAUAUGAAUGUAAAAAAUGUGGUAAAACCUUUAAUUAUCCUCUAGAUUUGCAAAUACAUGAAAGAAAUCACACUGGAGAAAAACCCUAUGAAUGUAAGGAAUGUACAAAAGCCUUCAUUUCUCUUGAAAACUUUCGAAGACAUAUGAUAACGCAUACUGGAGAUGGACCCUAUAAAUGUAUGGAAUGUGGGAAAGCAUUCAUUUUUCCUAGUGCAUUACGAACACAUGAAAGAACUCAUACUGGAGAGAAACCCUAUGAAUGUAAACAAUGUGGAAAAGCCUUUAGUUGUUCUGGUUAUGUUCAAAUACAUGAAAGAACUCAUACUGGGGAGAAACCCUAUGAAUGUAAGGAGUGUGGGAAAGCCUUCAUUUAUCCUACAAGCUUUCAAGGACACAUAAGAAUGCAUACAGGAGAGAAACCCUAUAAAUGUAAAGAAUGUGGGAAAGCAUUUAGUCUUCACAGUUCCUUUCAAAGACAUGAAAGAAUUCACAGUGGAGAGAAACCUCUUGAAUGUAAACAAUGCGGAAAAGCCUUCAGUUUGUCCACAUCCUUAAAAAAACAUGCAAGAAUGCACAUUGGAUAGAAACCCUACAAAUGUGAGAAGAAGGGGAAAGUUUUUAAUUUUAAUAAGCACUGUCAAAUUUGUGAAAAUUCCCACUAUAGAGAAAUCCUAUAGAUGUAAUUAACGUGGAAAGCUAGAUGCAAGGUAAUUCAUGGACAGUCAGAUGCCACAUAAUGAAAACCACAUAGACAAUACUGGUCCCAUAAGAUUAUAAUAGAGCUGAAAUUUUUCUAUCACCUAGUGAUAUAGCAGUUGUGACAUCACAAUAGAAGACAUUACUCAAGUCUUUGGUGUUGCUGUUGUAAACAAACCUGCAUUUCCAGUUGCGUGAAAGUAUACCACAUAUUAUAUGCAAGACAUGACACAUGGUGAUAAGUGACUAUAUUACUGGCAUAUAUAUUUACUAUACUUUGUUAUUUUAGAAUAUAACCUAUUUAUUAAAAACAAAAAAGUUAACUGUAAAACAGCCUCAGGCAGGUCCUUCAGGAGAUAAUCCAGGAGGAAUUCUUAUCAUAGGAGAUGACAGUUCCAUGUGUAUUACUGACCCUAGACAACCCUCCAGUUGUCCAACUGGAGACCUUCCAGUUGGACAAGAUAAGGAAGUAGAAGAUGGUGAUAUUAAUGGCCCACACCCCAUGUAGGCUUAGGCUACGUGUGUGUGUCUUCAUUUUAACAGAAAAGUUUACAAAGUUAUAUAUGUUGCAAAAUAUUUAGUAGAAAACAUAAUAAGUCUGUAAAAUAGGAAAAUAUUUUUGUACAGCUAUACAAUGUAUGUUUUAAGUGUUAUUACAAAACAGUCAAAAAGUUUAAGGAAUCUUAAAGCUUAUAAAGUAUUAAUCAAGGAGUUACUGUAAGCCAAGCUUAAUUUUACUACUUCAGAAGGAAAACUAUUUUUUUAUAAAUGUAGUGUAACAUAAGUAUACAGUGUUUAUAAAGUCUACAUUAGUGUACAGUAAUGUUCUAGGCCUUCACAAUCCCUCACUAAUUCACCCAGAGCAACUUCCAGUCCUCAAACUCCAUUCAUGAUAAAUGCCCUAUAUAGGUAUACCCUUUUUUUUAUGUUUUAUGCUGUAUUUUUCCUGUACCUCUUCUAUGUUUAAGUAUGUUUAGAUACACAAAUACUGUGUUGCAAUUGCCUGCAGUAUUCAGUACAGUGACAUGCUGCUAGCAACAGCUCUACCAUACAGCCUAGGUUUAUAGUAGGUUAUACCAUCUAGGUCUGUGUAAGUAUACCCCAUGGUGUUUGCACAAAGACGAAAUUGCCUAAUGAUGGAUUUCUCAGAAUAUAUCCCCAUUGUUAAGCAGUGCAUGACUGUAUAAUGCUCCAGAAAAAUCACAACUUGAAGAAAAUGUUAUGAAAGUCAAAAAUAUUUUUAUCAGUUGCUCAUUAUUAAGGUUCAUCUCUGGACUAUGGACUGCUACUUCUUACUUUUGCAAGGAAGCUUUGAAGUGAGAUAGUUCUGUAGAUACUAUUAAGCAAUAGUCCAAGCGUUUAAAAGGUGGUGUUUUCUCAUGAAAUCAAUAAACUUUUUUCUCUAUUUUGACAUCUGGA